UAGGAGGCGGUGCUGGCGACUUUGCAAUGGGGAGCCUUGGGCACGCUUUGGGCCAGCAGUGCGCGUGCGCGGGGCUAGAGCCACCGACCAUCACCGGCGGAGAUGGCCGCCGCCGGGGAAGCUUCGUCGGAGCCGGCGGCUUCAGAACAACCAACGGAGCUGUCUGCCUCAGUGCGGGCGAGCAUCGAGCGGAAGCGGCAGCGGGCGCUGAUGCUGCGCCAGGCCCGGCUGGCGGCCCGGCCUUACCCAGCGACGGCAGCUGCAACUACUGGAGGCAUGGCUAAUGUAAAAGCAGCCCCAAAGAUAAUUGACACAGGAGGAGGCUUCAUCCUGGAAGAGGAGGAGGAGGAAGAACAUACAGUUGGAAAAGUUGUUCAUCAACCAGGACCUGUUAUGGAAUUUGAUUAUGUUAUAUGUGAAGAAUGUGGUAAAGAGUUCAUGGAUUCUUACCUUAUGAACCACUUUGAUUUGGCAACUUGUGAUAAUUGCAGAGAUGCUGAUGAUAAACACAAGCUUAUAACUAAAACAGAAGCAAAACAAGAAUACCUUCUGAAAGAUUGUGAUUUAGAAAAAAGAGAACCAGCGCUUAAAUUUAUUGUGAAGAAGAAUCCUCAUCAUUCACAGUGGGGUGAUAUGAAACUCUACUUAAGAUUACAGAUUGUGAAGAGGUCUCUUGAAGUUUGGGGUAGUCAGGAAGCAUUAGAAGAAGCGAAAGAAGUUCGACAGAAAAAUCGAGAAAAAAUGAAACAGAAGAAGUUUGAUAAAAAAGUAAAAGAAUUACGGCGAGCAGUAAGAAGCAGUGUAUGGAAAAAGGAAACAGCUGCUCAUCAACAUGAGUAUGGGGCUGAAGAAAACCUAGAGGAUGACAUGUACCGGAAGACUUGUACUGUGUGUGGCCAUGAACUGACAUAUGAGAAAAUGUGAUGUUAAGUGAUCUGUUCUACAGUGUGGAAAUUUAGAUUGGUCCUGUUCAAAAUUCACCAAAAAGUAAAGUCUUCACAAAUGAAUUUAACACUUGUAUAAAUAAUGCUCCAAUAAUUAUGUAUGUUAUGGCUUAACAGCAAGUUUCAGUUAAGGUCCAGCAGGUCUGGUGGGCAAUACACUGAGUGACCAUUUUUUCUAAAAUAAGGCUGGGGAGCUGAGCAAUAGAAUGGGUUUAAAAGUGUUAGCUUAGAGCUAAAACUGAGAGAUAAUGACCAAGGCAAACCCUCGAUUGAGGUUAAGAGGAAGAGCUUUUAGCAGUAAAGGCAAAAGCUGGCCAAGCUGGAUUCAUAUCCCAGGAACCAGCAGGGAUGGUGGUAGACCACUGCACCCCAGACCCUGGGCCAGGUCUUCUAGACCAUGUCUGUCUCUAAGUCAGGGUGCGGGGGCGCUUUGCUGGGACAAGCUUUCUGUAUCCUUAGGGUUUAUGAUAGAUCUUAGUAUCAGAGUCUGGUAUCCCUUUUCAAAUCUGGGUAAAAUAGAAAAACAUCUAAACUGUUUGUUGAUCAAAGGUAAUGAUAACUUGUUAACAUUUACUGAGCAUUUUCCAUGUGUCAUGCAAACACUAUGCAAAGUGCCUUACAGGUAUUCUCAUGUAACCCUGGGAGGGAAGACAGCUCGCUUCUAUGUUUAUGUAGCACUUCUAAAGGAAUGUAACCUACAACCUGACAUCACCCCAGACAUUUGGAUCCAGUUUAAAUAGUCGAAUAUUACCCUAUCUUGUCAAAAGGGUUACAGGGUAGUUACCUGGUAAGAGCAAUUGAUCCCAAGUGCUUGAUUAACGGGUGUAUGCAUUCUUUUUUUUUUUUUUUUUUUUAUAAAAACAAAUUCAAGAUAGAUAAUUUCAAGUUGUUUUUUGACAGGACUUUUUAUCUUACUGCUACAAAUAGGAAGUUUUUAUACAUUUUCAUGUUUUUCUUCAGAUCAGCUCUUGGAGAUUAUGCUUGAAGAAGGGCAAAAGUCAAAACGAGUCAAAACCAAAGACUUGAAACUGUAAUUACUAAUUGUUCCCUAUAUAAGUAUUCAAUACAGAAAUGUCUAAUAUGUUUUUCGAAUGUUGAUUUUUUUCAUGUGCUAUGCUGAAUAUUACAGCUCAGUAAAAAUCAAUUCUGAAUGGGCAGCAAGACCUUCUUUGGACUAAACAAAAAGCUUCCAGCAAGUAACUAGGGGUUCAGGCUGCUGACCACUGCAUUGGGAGAUAAGGAAUCCUUGAACCACCACAUGGACAUAGUUUCAGAUUCCAUUUACUAGCUGUGGACCUUGGGUAAGUUACUCAGUGGGCCUGUUUUUAUCUGUCAUAUAGGCAUAAUAAUCUAAUGACUGUCAUGAUGAUUAAAUAUGGCAAAUCUAUAGCAAAUGACACGUAAGUUAUUAAUGAGCACGUAUUAUCGAGACCAGUAUAGCUAAGACUUGUCUCCUUGAGGUGGGCUUCCCAUAAGUCGCUCUUUACCUUCAUCAGUUUAAGACAGUCCUGAUGUCCAGAUAUCAUUGACAGCCAGAUAUGCUCUACUCAGGUCGCCAAGUUCUGUCCUCAUCGUUCAUUUUCAGAUAUAACUGUAGAUAAUUAGUAAGUUAUAGAAAUCACUGCUAAGUACUUUUCAGGAAAAGCAAGCAAACUUUAUCUUCAUUUGAAGUGCUGAGUAAUUCCUGCGAGAUUUAGAGUCAAGGAGAACAAAAAUUAUGUUUACUUGGACAAAAGCAUGUUAAAUGGCAUCAGUAUAGUUUAAUAUUGAUUUAUUGCAAGGUGCGAUGUGCAGUGUGACGUGCCAUCCUUUUGUCUCUGUGAGCUUCAUUUUUGGGGAGAGCAAGUGUUGAGCGUUUGUUUCUUCAGAAUUCAGUCUCUGGUUUGGUUUUCCAUACACCUAGUUUGCCAGACUGGAUCAGAGCAGGGUCACAUCAGUGAGCAGUUGUUAGAAGCAACCAUUACACGCGAAGAGAGGGUCUAAGAGAAAGGAGGUGGGUCAAGUAAAAGUAUAAGUAGCCACACUCUGCAAUACAUUAUGAAAGGAUUACAAAGCAGCUUCAGGGUCCAAGUUACCAAAGCCUUAAAUGGUUAUCCUUUAGCUUCUUGAGGACAGGAGCCGUUUCUAACUAAUUACAUAGUUUGUGGGAAGGAGGAACAGGAUAAACAAAAGAACAUUUAGCUAAGCGCUUGGCUUUUAGUUCCCUGCCAGUAACUUGCCAUGCACCUUUAAUCUUGUGAUUAUUUGUCUUAAAUGGUAUGGUGUUUUAAAAUCCUAGAAUUUCCAUCUACUGAGUAGACUAUAUUCUGUAGCCACUAAGUAUAUGGUAAACCAAAGAGACCCCAUAUAUUAUGCACCAUAAACUUAUGAUGUACAAAGUUUAAAAAAAAACACCUAUAUUGUAUAAAUGAACAAAGCUAUUUCCAUUGUGGGAUUAUUGCUAAUUUUUUUCAAAGGUUCAAUUAAAUAAAAACUAAAAAUGCUAGAAAUCUGGAAUGUCAGAUAACCCUUUGUUAUUUUACAAUGUACUUAUCUUAGUUAAGCCUCAACACCAUAUAGGAAACAGGUUUAGGAAUUAGUAGUUACUUGGACCAGAUUCCACAGAAAUAAAAUCCAAACCUACAUCUAACACUAGGCAUUAGUCAGUCUAGCUACUUCUAAGUCACACUUUAACACGAAAUUCACUAUAUGAGCUUGGACAGAUCUGUCUCAGAUUUGAGAUCACCAGAUAUUCUAAGAUGAUAAUUCCAAAUUGUCUGCAUAUUGCAAUUACCUGGGAGCCUUAAGAACUACCCGAUAUAUCUGUGUUUGAAAGACUGUGGUUUAACAUUAAUUUAAAAAUAACUUUAGAGAGCCCCAGGUGAUUUAUGUUCAGAUUUAGGAAUUGCUACUCUGGUAACUUUUUAAAUAGUAUCUUAAAAAUACUACAGUAAUUAAAAGUAUUUUGAAGAGAAAAUUUCAGAUGGAGGUAUUUUACAAAGAAACCACUAAAGUAGACUGAGAUAAAUCAUGAAAUACCAAAGUUUAAAAAACAUUUUUAGUUUUAUUUCAGCCAUGUUAGGUUAUUACCCAUGAGCUGUGAAAAGCUAUGCUACUUGAUAAUAAAUUCAUCAGUCCUAUAUACUACUUGGUAAAUAAGCUUGACCCUCUAGUGUUUCACAUACCUCAAAUUAGUUAUCUUUUGUGCCUUAAGGAGACAAAAAUAUCAGAGAAAAGUUGUAUUUGUCACAUAUAUGAUACAUCCUAUGUAUUAUCACAUUAUUGUCAUUAGGGAAUAUCUGCUUUUUAGGGGAAACUAAGGGUAAUCAAUACCAUAUUUCUUCACUGUCCUCCUCUCUCUGUUUCUUUUAGAAAGUGACAGGAUGCUACAAGAAAGCAAGCAUUCAAACAAUCAAAAAUAAGACAGAUUAUUUUGAGAUCUUUUAAAAAAAUCUUGACAGG